UGCCAUAAGCCGGUUGGACCAGGUCAUCAAUACUAAAUAUACGACUCAGUCAAGUGCCCCCAUUGCGUCACGGCUAUCCGACCUUACCGCAGUGUAUGGAUGAAUAGAUCAAGGUAUUUUCUGAAGUGCCAUUUCGAAUCCAGAAAAUAAAACAUACAGAAUCACCACCAAGUAUUGGCUUAUUCUAGGUUUAUCUGAUACCGUUUAUAAUAUUUAAAAUAAAUCGAAGAGUUAUUGGUGUAUCAAUACAACAUGGGGUCAUCUAACGACGAUACUACAUCUCAACAGCCCCGCAAAGAAAGCGAGGGACAGCAGGAGCAACAAGAGCAGCCAACUUCGCAGGCCGAAGGACAGCAACCAACGGAAGAUCAGAAUGACACUCAGGGUCAAUCGCAACAAAAUAGCGACCAACAUGACAAAAAUAAAGCGAGACAACGCGGCGACGAAGUGAACGAGGACGAAAGCGAGAAGGGUGAGGAGGCUAACCCUCAGGCCCGAUCCGCGGCCGAAUCUGAAAAGAAGAAACAACCUCAACCUAAACCAGCCCGCGUCGAGUCAGAGAAGCCGGGUCGAUCACGACGCCGCCGCCGCCAUAAUCAACCGGCGUGGAUGGAUGAAAAUAUAGAAAAUGACCACGAAAAACAGAUGGCACCUCGUAGGCAACGUCAACCGCCACCACAGUACCAACCCCAACUCCAACCCCAACUCCAACCCCAACUCCAACCCCAACUCCAACCCCAACGACAGAUGCAGCCACAAUCUCAUAAUCAAGACGGAGGAAACAAUCCACUGAGGUUGCGGUUGGAUAUCAACCUCGAAAUAGAGAUAACAUUAAAGGCCCGGAUCCACGGUGACCUGACUUUGUCUCUCUUGUAAGUGUUGAUAACCCUUUUCUUACCCUUGAAUAUCCAUUGCAUUAGAAUACUUCGAGAUUGUUUGAGAGACGCUGGAUACCCAUUGAACUGACUCUACAAAAGUGAAUAGCUAGUUCGGUUUAACAGAAGACAAUUGACUAACAGUCUUAUUCGCCGUUAAUAGGGAUGGGUUAUGAGCCUGCACCACUUGGCUGUAAGCUGUGCGGGCGA